AUGGACAGAAUUGAAUACGUCGACAAGGCGAAUGGAAUCUUCGGUGACGUAGCGUCCUACACUCUUCUCGCCGAAGACCCGACGAAAAAGCAAGCCGCUGCCAUCAAGAAAAAGGUUAAUUAGCUCACUCGUCUGAAAGUUAUAAGUCCAGAUGAUUCCAAGCUGCUAACCCUCAGUGAUCCCCAUAUCGCACGCGCAUGUGGUCUCCCAAAAGUGCAUAAAGUGGACGCCCCACUAAGGAUUAUUGUACCACUCAUCGGAUCACCUACGUACAAUAUAGCAAAGUGGUUGUACAAGCAUCUGAAGCAGUUAACCCAUGAAUCUGACUACAGCAUCAACAAUUCUCUUGCGUUCAUCCAAUGGAUCCAAGGACUCGAAUUAAGUGCCGAUGAAUGCCUCCUGUCCUUUGACGUCGUUGCCUUAUUUUCUUCCAUACCACACGAUUUGGCAAUCGACUGCGUAGCCAAACGCUUACAGAAGAAUCCUAUUGAGAUUCCAACUCUGCAUAUUAUAGAACUGCUCAAACUCUGCCUUAGAAACUACUGUCAAUUCGAAAAUAAGUUCUACCAACAGGUAAAGGGAACCCCAAUGGGCUCGCCAAUAUCUGGACUGCUCGCAGAACGUGCAUUGCAGCGACUAGAAAAGGAGGUUUUCCAAGAUCUCAGCCCCAAAGCGUGGCUUCGCUAUGUAGACGAUACCUUUGUCGUGAUAAAGAACUGCGAAGUUAAACGGCUGCAUCAGAGGCUGAAUGACGUCUUCCCGGCCAUACAGUUUACUCGUGAAGAGACAAUACGGGACAGCCUGCCGUUUUUUGAUGUGAAAAUACAAAGGCUGAGCGAUGGUAGUCUCGCGACGAGCGUCCACAGGAAAGGAUCUAAAUCCGAAAUUAUCCUCAAUUAUGGAAGCAACCACCCCGCAGCUCACAAAAGGAGCUGCGUUUGAACUCUGUUCCACCGGGCCUAUCGUUAUUGCAACAGCGACGAUCUCCUUAAGAAGAAGCUUGCCUAUUGUAUCGGUUGUUUCGAUCCAACGGAUAUCCGAAAAGUUUCGUAAAGAACUGCCUCAGACACCAGGCACAACCACAGGCUCCCACCCUCAACAGAAAACUGUGUCUCGACAAUUCUUCUCCCUGCCUUAUAUGCAAGGAGCGUCCGAGGUUAUCGCCCGGCAGUUAAAUCGCUCUGGUAUUCGCAUCGCCCACAAACCAGCAUCCUCACUACGCGAAGCGCUAUCUCGAAUCAAGGAUCCCGUCCCCAAAGUGCAAUAAACAAACGUAAUUUAUCGCAUCCCGUGCUCAAAUUGCUCUUGCGUGUAGGUUGGUCAUACAGGUCGAAGCCUGCACACCCGUAUUGAUGAACACAAACUGGCUGUCCGUCGGCGAGACCCUCUGUCCCUCGUCUUUGCUCACGCACUCGAUUGCGACCACCGAUUCAAUUGGGAUGGCACUGAGGUCGUCGCCAUGGCUAACACAAAACGGGCGAGAGAAUUUCUCGAGGCUUGGUACUCCGAUGCUGGUAGUAUCAACCGCCAUGUUGAUCUGGAUGCCCAUUAUGAGGGCCUACGCUCACGACUUACUGCCCCCCCCGCCCUAAUGCCACAGCAACGGCCGCCAAUUUAG